AUGGGUUCCAGAAGAUACGAUUCCAGGACAACAAUUUUCUCCCCUGAGGGACGUCUCUACCAAGUUGAAUAUGCGUUAGAAUCCAUUUCACAUGCCGGUACUGCAAUUGGGAUUAUGGCAUCUGAUGGGAUUGUUCUUGCUGCAGAACGUAAAGUCACAAGUACUUUACUGGAGCAAGACACCUCUACCGAAAAACUUUACAAGUUGAAUGAUAAAAUUGCCGUUGCUGUUGCUGGAUUAACCGCAGAUGCUGAAAUUCUGAUAAAUACGGCUAGAAUUCAUGCUCAAAACUACCUUAAAACCUACAAUGAAGAUAUACCAGUAGAAAUUUUGGUGAGAAGGUUAAGUGAUAUAAAACAAGGUUACACGCAACACGGCGGUUUAAGACCAUUCGGUGUAUCCUUUAUCUACGCUGGAUAUGAUGAUAGAUACGGUUACCAACUGUAUACAUCCAAUCCAUCAGGAAACUAUACAGGUUGGAAAGCUAUUAGUGUUGGUGCUAACACAUCAGCAGCACAAACGCUACUUCAAAUGGACUAUAAAGAUGAUAUGAAAGUUGAUGAUGCCAUUGAACUGGCUUUGAAAACUUUAUCCAAGACCACUGACAGUAGCGCGUUAACUUAUGACAGAUUGGAGUUUGCCACUAUUAGAAAGGGUAUUAAUAGUGGGGAGGUGUAUCAGAAGAUUUUCAAGCCUCAAGAGAUAAAGGAUCUUUUGGUAAAGACUGGUAUUACCAAGAAGGACGAAGAUGAAGAAGCUGAUGAAGAUAUGAAAUAA